ACGUGUUGGGUUGCGUCGCUCCGUUACUGGUAAAUUCCUCGCACGGUUCCCUUAACGGAGACGGGGUACACAUACACCGCACGUACACCAGCUGGCCGGACCCGCGGAAAACAAGACUUCUCGCGUAAACUCGGAACACGCACGACGCACCCGCCGUGAAGCUUUGGCUGAAAAUUGUCACUCGCAACAAGGACACCAGUGCGACGGUAGCGCGUCGUAACCCAGGCAACAGCAGCAGCAGUGUCGGGGUUUUUUUCCGGACCGGAAGGAGAAUACCCAGCCAGCUGCUCUAGUGAUUUUACGCAACCCGCGUAUUAGCACACAGCCUCUGCCAAGACGGUGCAGUUUUGCCGCUGUGUUUGUGUCCAGUGCUGUCCUUGGUCGCUGUCUGCUGGGGGAAGGGUGGCCAAUACUUCCUCGCUCUCACUGCCAAUAUUAAAGUGGAUCACGCGGAGACACAUACGCGACCUUCACACGAAUCGAGUCACCAAAGCCACAACGCGACCGAAACAGCUGACAAAACUGGUGGUGUGUGUUACCUGUGCUUUUUUUGUGUUGGGCGAAAGCAUCUGCGAAACCGGAAGUACACCACAUCUCCAGCCAGGCAGCGGCAAGCGACCGAAGUCGACAUCAUAUCUGUCAGAGCGCAUCGCUGACUAGAACGUGGCGGGGCCGCCAUUGUGCCGAUGGAAACUGGUGGUUGGUACGGUGAAUAGUGUGCGUGUGCGUGCUUAAACCCACGGCCUACUGCAGUCGAGACGCACCAAAAGCUCGAACGCAGGGAAAGUGAUAUAAUCGAAGUAGCAGCAGCAGUUGUUCCACACCGCGUGGAAAAGUCACCUCCAAAACAACGACGUGCGUUCCGUGUGUAGUGCUUCGCAAUUCGGCCCGAUCGUGCUGAAGGUGGAAUCAUAACCGUCCCAACACACAUUAUCGUUUGGCCAGCUCGGAAUGUGUGCCGUUUAGCAUCUUCAAUCGCAUCUCACGGACCGGUGACUCACAGAGAGUGGCGCACAGUUCUGAUGCAAACUUCAUCCGUCAUUUACGAUUAGCUUGUGUGGGUGUGUGUGUGAAUGUGUUUGUGCGCGCCGUGCAGUAAAUCAUGCGUGAGUGGCUGCCGUAGUUCCGCCGUCGUGCUAUUCUUCACCGAAGCAUACCCAUUUGCUUCUUAACCUUCAAGAAAUACCUUCGCAUGGCAUGGGUAACGAGCACACGCAUCGAUAAUUGUGCAAUAAAGCAGUUUGCUGGGCAGGGUAAUAGAAUCAGCAACGAAACGAAAUCAAAUUGCUUGCUCACAUCCAAGCAACCGGCGUACGAGUUCUGUGGAGAAAGUGAAAAGUUUUGUUAAUUGGGCCAUUUUCAACUUCCGAUCUAUUCUGAACGGUAGGAGAUAGAGAAAGUGCUCGCAGGCAAAAAAAAUAAAUAAAAAAAAUCCUUGAAGUAUGUAUAGUGUGUGAAUAAAAGUGUGUGUUUUUCAGCGUAUGUGCAAAAAAAGCCUACCGAGAGAUGCGUUUGAAUAGUCCGUUAAAUUGGUUCCAUUUUUUAAUUCCUUCAAUCUAAAGCAAUCCAGUGCAAAAUAUAUCAAAAGCUUUCGAAGCGGAAGUGAGCUCCACCAUCCGGAAGUGUACACACACCCAUACACCCUUUACACACACACACACGUGCGAAAGUUUCCAAUUGUGCGUGCCUGGCUCGGUGAGAGAGGAAAGUAAGUGUACAAGGGCCAAAACGCAACAACAACAGCACAGCAACAAAAAAAAAACCCUUCACACACCAUUGUGUGUUGAGUUUUCACGUCAAGAGAGGAGUGCGCGCUGUGAAGGGGGGGAAAAAAAGUUUCCCGGUCGUUCCGCAUUUCCUCACAUUUUCCGACUAGCGGUGCGGGUGCGCACAUUUUCCGGGGUUUUUUGUUCCACCCAUUAGUCACCGGGUGACUUAGCUCGUGUUCCCGCCACCGGCAAUUUGGUUGUUGUGGGACGCCGUCCGCGCGGAAAGUGUAUCGUUGCUUCCCAUUGUUUGAAGUGACGUUUCUUCUAAAGGGCCCGGCAUUGCCUUCACGACACCCACCCGCUAACCCAAAAGUCGGCAUCAAAACAAACCAGCACAACCCCGGGGUUUAUUCGCUGACCAAAACACACACACACAUAGCGCCAGGUCCUCAAUAUUUGUGGUCCGGUUUCUCGCGUCGGAGUAGUGGUCGGGUUAUGCGCAUCGUCUGAAUGGCGGCUGUCGGUGGCCCUGCCAGGCAAUCACGGGGGGUCUCCAUGAGUGUCUCGAUGUCGCUAGUGCAAGGAGGAGCUGCCGGUGCGCCGCAGGGCGCCAUUCUGGCCGCGGCCGCACCCUACUUCCAGCCACCGGCCGUCCCCCAGGAUGUUCAGCCGGAUCGACCCAUCGGUUACGGAGCGUUCGGUGUCGUAUGGGCCGUCACCGAUCCGCGCGAUGGACGCCGGGUCGCGCUCAAGAAGCUGCCCAACGUUUUCCAGUCGCUCGUGUCCUCGAAGCGCGUUUUCCGGGAGCUGAAGAUGCUGUGCUUCUUCAAGCACGAAAAUGUACUCUCUGCAUUGGACAUCCUGCAACCGCCACAUUUGGAUUUCUUCCAGGAAAUCUACGUGAUUACGGAACUGCUCCAGUCAGAUCUGCACAAAAUCAUCGUCUCACCCCAGCACCUGUCCGCUGACCACAUCAAAGUGUUCCUGUACCAAAUCCUGCGCGGCCUGAAGUAUCUCCAUUCGGCACGCAUCCUCCACCGGGACAUCAAACCCGGCAACCUGCUGGUGAACAGUAACUGUGUGCUGAAGAUUUGUGAUUUUGGGCUGGCGCGCGUCGAAGAACCGGAUCAAUCGAAGCACAUGACACAGGAAGUCGUCACGCAGUACUACCGUGCGCCGGAGAUUUUAAUGGGCGCCCGUCAUUAUUCGGCCGCCGUUGACGUCUGGUCCGUGGGUUGCAUUUUCGGCGAACUGCUUGGCCGGCGUAUUCUCUUCCAGGCCCAAAGUCCUGUACAGCAGCUUGAACUGAUCACCGAACUGCUCGGUACGCCAUCGCUGGAGGAUAUGCGGCAUGCCUGCGAGGGCGCCAGAAGCCACAUGCUUCGGAGGGCACCGAAGCCCCGGUCACUGACCGCACUCUACACGUUGAGUACCCAUGCCACACAUGAAGCCGUACAUCUGCUCUGCCAAAUGCUCGUCUUCGAUCCGGACAAAAGAAUAUCCGUAAUCGAUGCGCUAGCACAUCCCUACGUCGACGAGGGUCGGCUUCGUUACCAUUCCUGCAUGUGUAAGUGCUGUUACACCACCUCCGCUGGCAUGCGUCAAUAUACUGGCGAGUUUGAGCCAUCAGCAACACAACCAUUCGAUGACCUAUGGGAACGCAAGCUAACCUCAGUGCAGCAAGUGAAAGAGGAAAUGCACAAAUUCAUUGCCGAGCAGCUACAAACGGGCCGCGUGCCACUCUGUAUAAAUCCCCAAAGCGCCGCAUUCAAAUCCUUCGCUAGCUCAACCGUAGCCCAUCCAUCAGAACUGCCACCAUCGCCGCACCAAUGGGAAUGACAUAAUGAAGCAAUGGCCGCAUAAAAUGGAAUGCUGUGAAUGCCAACCAAAUCAACAAUUCGGCAACCGUGGUGGACAGGAGGAGACAGUAGUGGAGAAGGAAAUUUUUGAGGAUUGGGAACGAUUUUGGGGACGCGUGCAAAAAAUGGACACCCGAAUGAUUAGGCAUAUCUAUUUGUGACGUUACUUCUUCUACAUUAGAAUUGGUUGCAUACAGGACUGGUAGAAGGUGUAGAGAGAACCAAACAAACUUUCUAUCGUAUGACCAUCAGCACAUCAGCGCUGCAAAGAAUGGGACAGUAUUUUUUUUUUCGGUAUAGAUAUCUAGCGAAUGGAUGAACGAAUUCAAUGAACAACUAUGGGGAACGUUACUAGGCAAUGCAAGUACUGACAUGUUGAGGAAAUUAUUCGAAAACGAAAGCAACAUCUGGGAACAAGAUAGUUAAAAAAGCUCAAAAGAGAAAAGCAGGGCAACAACAAGAAAGUACGUCCAAUUGAUGAUGUAUGGAGGAUAUAAGUAUGCUUGCCCAAUCACUCCAUUCGAUGAAUUCCUAACAUUACGGCUGGAUGGUAGACGGAAUAAGCUUUCGUGUUUGUCGAUUUGAAAACUAUUCCUUUUUAUGAAAUAUGAUACAAAAAGAUCAUUCACAAAUUUCGAAACCAAAACCCAGUUUAUUCCGAUGCAAGAGAGGUUCAGCAAAACCACUAGAACGGGUGAAGUGGCCAAUUAUGAGUGAAAGAUUCGAACAAAUGCUGCCGAUAGUUUAACUACUAUCGUGGCAUAUCACCACCACCACGAAUGGCACAUACAGCGAGCCAUAAUUGCCUCGAGCAACACAUUGUACAUAGCAGUCCGAUGGUAACUUUAUAUCCGAUUGAUGAUUUCAAUUUAGUAAAAUUCCGCCUUUUCUUUACCGUCGCGUUAAUUUUAAUGUAAGCAACUAUAUUUUAAGCUCCGAUAGCUUUAGCAAUACUGUGUCAAUGAAGAGAAAAUAAGACGCGAAAGAGCCCCAUAGAUCUAGUUCAUCGGUAAUGAUAAGUGAAAGUAAGACAGGUCUUUAUGGAUCGUCAGUCAGUGGAAUAAAAAAAAAACGAAGGUUCGCUCAUAUGAAUUCAAAUUAGGUAGGAACACCUAACGGGAUGUUCAUGGCGAGGUGGGGCCGUAUCAAAUCUUUCAAUAAGAUCUCAUUAUUAGUGGUUUGUUUGUUUUUUUUUCAAUUACAUUUUAGAUUAAUUUUCUCAAAAGUGGCGCAAAGGCGAGAAGAGGUUACACAGAAACGAAUGGAAUGGUCUUGAAGGCGCAUAAAAAAAAUCGGUUAGGAGGAAAUUAGGGCAAGUGUGAUAAGAAAAACGGUUUUAAAUAGUUGAUUAUGGACUUGGCGGCAGCUUACACUCUCACACCCAUACACCUGUUUCGUUCGUAAACGUUUCGCAUUGUAAUAUUUUCCACAAAAUGGUGCACAAUAUCUCAAUGUGAACCAUACAAAAUUUGUCUCUCAAAUGCUGGCACUUUUGUAUAAAAAAAAAGUUUAAAUGCCAUUAGGGACAGAUGCCUGUACAGGUUUUUGCUUUACGCAGGAUACAGUCAAUAAUGAUAGUUGCGACCAAUUGUCUCGCAUCUCAUCCGUUCCAUAUACAUUCUAUGUACAUUAACAACAAUCACGAGAGAGAGAGGAUGAUACAGUAUAACUUGAGAGCGUGGAAAAGAUUACAACUAGUACGCUUUUAAAACGGACGACGGCUAAAUGAAUUGAAACAAAGGGAAGGCAUAAAUAUAGCCGACCCCAGUACCGGGAUGGCGUUCAAAACAGAAUGUUAAAAAGCGCAAAUACAUGGCAGAGGGCGCAAAAUACUACAACUCUAGCAAAACGUGUUCAACGAUUAUAUGUUAAGAUUUAAGUAGAAGCAAUAGGAUUCUGGAUGGAACCAGGAAAUCGCACCAUAAAAGCAACAAUCCAGCUGCAACUGAUCAGCAGUUUGACUAAGGGAUUUAUCCGAGCGUGUUCUGGUUUGAUACCGAUAUCGGCAAAUGCAAGAGAAGAGUUACUGCUUUUAAAACGUAAUAAGUCCCAUGUAUGCUGCUUGCUGUAUGAGUUUAUGUGUUUAGUAAAAUAUACAAUUGCAACUGUUUGAUUUUGCAUUAGGACCCUACGAACGGCACAAAUGGUUUCGGCCCCUCUUGUGUCGCCGGUGUAUGUGACGAUUGAAACUAAACGAAGAUCAAUUGAUUGUGUCCCUGCACAGAAAUGAACACCGCUUUAACAGUCUGAAUAUUUUCCGAUUUGUUAUCUAAGAGUGUAUGUUACGCGAAGUAUGUUCGCGCGCACUAGUUUUCGGUGAAUGUGAAAUAUGAAAUGAGUGGCAACCGAAGAGUGAUUGGAAUGUAUGGAAGUCACACGAGAGUCACACAGAACUGAUAAAAGCGCAGCAGCUGCAUCCAAUGAUCGAGAAGCAGGACAUGCAGUGCAUUGAAUUGAAAAACAUUAAACCUUUUUCUUUUGUGCGUGCAGCUGAUGCGAAUGUGAGGUUGAGCAGUGAUUGGUUGCUCUCUCCCUCAACGAUACGGUAUAACUAAGCUACUGUUAACAAACACACACACACACAAGCACACUCCACCUUUAGAUGGUCCCCGGAAGGCUGACAAUGUGGAGGGCAGCGUGGUAUAAGCACUGAUUUAGUUGUAAAGUAAAAAGGAAAAUAACAAACUCAAGCGCAAGAGCGUUGGUAUGUGUGGGCAGGUGAAAUACACAGACACACGAUAAUAUUCACGCGCCAGUAGGUUUUUAAGGAUGUGUAUAUUUGAUAAGGAUCGAUUAUGGUAGUAACAAUUUAAUGCGAUGCUCCAACAUUAGAAGAAAAAUGUAGGCAAAUGCAAAUUGAUGUAAGAACGAUUUAGAAGAGGAAAAGAAAAUAGAGAAGAGAAAGAGAGACAGUGAGAGAGAGAGAGAAAGAGAGAGAGAGAGAGAGAGAGAGAGAGAGAGAGAGAGAAAGAGAGACACGUACAUAAAUAGAAGAAAACGAAAAACAACAACAAAACACAAUAUUCACUUUUUUUUCCUUGUUAAGUUCAUAUCACUUCUACGUGAAGGUCGUGUGUUAAAGUAUUUAUUUGUGUUAAGUGCCAGUGUUAAGUGAAAUAGUUUUCUGUUCAACAACUGGUAAUUGCUCAUUAUGUUCGUAUCACAAGUUGUCUUUAUUUUGAUUGAUUUUUCUUCUAAUAAUUUUCUUUCUUUUCUUUUCUUUCAUUUUCAUUUUCCGUUGCACAUUGUUUCCUGUACUGCAGACGCUCUUCGCCGGGCCAAACUCAGGCAAAAUGAUGGGAAGCCGAGUGGUAAAUAGUUAUCGUGUACAAAACAAACAGAACGCCAUAAAUACCGGGCAGAUGAACUAAACCUGAACCAGGAGAGAGUCAAAAUUUCUAAUCGAACACAAGUAGAGGCAUCCCCCUUUUGGAAAAAGCAUGUAUUACGCUUCGUACCAACUAGAACCCGAGAAUUCAGGGGGGUGAAACAUUACCUUCAGGUAAGAACAGUUAUUGCAACAUAUAGAGAGGAGUAUAAUGAGCAACCACGAACGUCUAAAGUACCAAAUGUAUGUAAAACUAAGUGUGUGUGUUCAUAUGCAUGUAUGUUGAAAUUUGCUCGUAUAACAAUAGAAAAGCACACCUACCGUAGACAUGAAUAUUGGACAUAUUUGCUUGUGUGAAACAUUCAAGUGUAUUAGCGAUGGUUUCGUUUGAAAUGUAUUGGGAGGAAAAAAAAGUGUGUUUACGUACGUCACGAUAAUUAUAACGAAUGGGACACUGUUUCCUCACCAACUAAUAUACACAACGCAUACAGUUACUGGCUUUAAAGUAGUUUACUACCGUAACUAAACGAUAUGGAAGGUGGGAAAAAACAUGCGAUCAUUUCGUAAUUUUGUAGAGUGGUGAAGGAACGGAAAUAAGAAAACAUAUAAAUGCAGGACAUUUAAAGAACAGCCGUAACAGAUAUAUCUACAAAUAUGCCACAGGAAAGGAUAAUUAAUUAGCAACGAGCGUAUAAGGCAGAGCAACAAUAUGAAAGUAACGAAGAACUUCCCCAGCAAUGCGUGUUUGUCGAAAAAAAAAAGGUUAAAAACGUUUAUACACUUCACAGAGUAAGAAACAAACACACACACACAGAGAGGUCAACAAUGUUGUCGUUAAUGUUCACGCUUUCCAUAUUGGGCAAUUAUUACACUGUAAUGGAACAUUCUAGUGGAACGUACACACAUCCCAGUACCAGAAAGAUGCAUUUAGCAGCAGCAUUUCCCUUGAAUGCCCACAUUAUCGCCGUUGGCAAGAGCGGGAAUAAAAAACAAAACAUACAAUAAUUAACGUUUAAGUGAGACAAAACAAUUCAGACAGAAUACGGAAUGGAAGCAAAGGCAUAUGUACGCGCAUGGUAAAACAUUUAAAGAGUAACGUGUAAUCGUUAAUAACCACUUUCUGGUGUUAAAGUAAUUGGAAAAUGCAAAACAAAUUAUACCGAACUGUCUCACUGCUUGUGUGAUAUUGUCGUUUGUUUGAGUGAUAAAUACGAUCAGUUUGCCCAGCUUUUGUCAGGUAGCCGGAACAAAGGAGAGUCAAAGUUUAAUAUUGUAUUUAACAUAAUUGCAUUGUAAAGUAUAAUACCACGUACGGAAACCCUGACAGCAUUACUUUAGUCAAAGUAAACAGACAUAUACAGAGUUGGUUGUUGCGCACAAAUGUAACAGAAGCGUGUACGUGUAAUCAGGAAAAUAUAA